AGCUUCGGACGUCACUGAUCACGUGACUCUGGCCAAACGAAUCAAGCCUCGACAGAGUGCUUCUGAAGCGGUGUGUUGUUUUGUUUGAUACACGUGCCGGAGUCAGCUUCAAUCGGGCCAUCACUAGUAUAAGCGAAGUUAAAAAAAAAAACAAAACAAAACAUGAGGAGAGCUCCCGACGCUUUCUCACUAAAGUUUAGAUAACCGCAAUAAUACUGCUCUCAUUUCUCCUGGCGGAUUAAAUUCGCUGAAUAUUUCACUCAAGAAAGGGCUUGUUUACAGACAUGCACCAACCAUCCCGGCAGGGCUAUGUAUCUAUAAACUAUGGUCAAGGAAGUGGGAGUUACAAUAAGGGUAAACAGUCAAGAAAGCAAUCCUGCUGGAGGAAGUGGAAGCAGCUGUCUAGGCUUCAGCGGAGCCUCAUCCUAUUCAUCCUUGUCCUUCUGUUCAUAUGUCUAAUAGCUUCCUAUCCUACUGUUACUAAACACUUCAAAGAUGGAGACCAGGACACAGACAGUAACAGCAUCCUGAAUCCCUUUCCACCUCACAUUCUGCCAGAUCCUAUGAAACAGGGCCAACCAUCAUUGCUAGAACAACCCUCUCAGAGGAAAUUAUCCAAUAAGAGAGGACCACCUGUACUGAAUCGCCUUCAGAAGAAAGGAAACACUUCAGAUACAAGUGCUGUAGAGAAAGCAACUGACAGCAGCAAGAAGAAAGAGGAAGACCAGGGAAUCAUCAGCUGGCAUGGGGCUGUGAUUGAUACUAACCGUGGCACAGAGGGGACUAAGGAUGGAGGAAAUAAGGAACAGUCACCUACCGGCCAGAAAGCUAAAGACCCAGAAGCUGUUCGGCUGGUGGCAGUGCAGGAAGCUUUCAGACAUGCAUGGAAGGGUUAUAAAGACUUUGCUUGGGGCCAUGAUGAGCUUAGGCCUGUCUCUAAGUCGUACAGCGAGUGGUUUGGUCUGGGUUUGACGCUAAUUGAUGCCUUGGAUACCAUGUGGAUCCUCAACCUUAAAGAAGAAUUUGAGGAAGCAAAGGCAUGGGUGGCCACUAAGCUCACAUUCAACAAGAAUGUAGAUGUUAACCUGUUUGAAACUACCAUCCGCAUCCUGGGAGGUCUAUUGAGCACCUAUCAUCUGACUGGAGAAACUCUGUUCCUAGACAAAGCUAAAGAUAUUGGUUCCAGGCUGUUGCCAGCCUUCAACACACCUUCUAAGAUCCCCUACUCUGAUGUGAACAUUGGGAAAGGUACAGCACACCCACCUCAUUGGACCUCAGACAGCACUGUGGCUGAAGUUACAAGCAUCCAGCUGGAGUUCAGGGAGCUCAGCCGCCUCACCCAGGAACCACUGUGCCAGGAUGCAGUGGUUGAGAUUAUGAAACAGGUUCAUAAGCUGGAUGGCAAGCUUGAUGGUCUUGUCCCCAUGUUCAUCAACACAAACAACGGACAGUUUACCCAUCAGGGUAUCUACACGCUCGGAGCCAGAGCAGAUAGCUACUAUGAAUACUUGCUGAAGCAGUGGAUACAGGGAGGCAAGAAGGAGAACCAACUCUUGGAGGACUAUCUGCAGGCAAUAGAGGGCAUAAAGAAGAACCUGUUGCAGAAAUCCUCUCCUAAUGGCCUUACCUUUGUUGGAGAGGUCUCACAUGGACAAUUCAGCCCUAAAAUGGACCAUCUUGUGUGUUUUCUUCCAGGGACUCUGGCCCUUGGUUCUUACAAUGGUUUGCCCUCUGAUCAUAUGGAUCUUGCCAGACAGCUGAUGGAGACCUGCUACCAAAUGUAUGUCCAGAUGGAAACAGGCCUCAGUCCUGAGAUUGUCUAUUUUAACAUGCAUCAAGGCAGCACCAGAGACAUUGAUGUGAAGGUAGAUAGACACAACCUUCUGCGACCGGAGACUGUAGAGAGUCUCUUCUACCUAUACAGGUUCACAAAGGACCACAAGUACCAGGAUUGGGGCUGGGAGAUUCUCCAAAACUUUAACAGAUACUCCAAGGUUUCCUCAGGUGGCUACACCUCCAUCAACAAUGUGCGCGACCCGGACUACCCGAACCCUCGAGACAAGAUGGACAGCUUCUUCCUGGGGGAGACCCUGAAAUAUUUCUAUCUGCUUUUCUCAGAUGACCCCAACUUCAUCAGCCUGGACCAGUUUGUCUUCAAUACAGAGGCACACCCCCUACCUAUAUGGCCUUCCGCUGUGUGACA